GUGAGCUCUGUGCCAAGACAAGGCCCUGCCAAUGCUGUUGGAGAAGGAGUGACUGUGCUGAGAGAAGAGAGAGGAUGCUGCCAUGAUACGGCAGAGUCAGUCUGCAGUCAGCGCUUGGAGGAUGAGGCCCCAGGUCCCACCUCUAGCCUGCUCCAAAGGCCAAGCAGGCAGGAUCUGAAGAAUCUGGGGGUUUCCCUCUGCUCCUCCCUCACCUGGCUGAGAGAUAGAGGCAAACUGGACAGUACUGCCCACAGCCCUGGUGCCUGCCGCACAGGCUGGGAAGAGCACCCCUCAUCCUCUUACGCAUCUACCCAGCCAAGAACUCCAGGCUCCAUGUCCCACCAGGGUGGGCAGGGCCGUUGGACAGAGCGGGCCCAGUGCCCACACUGGCAAGGGCAUCCCCCUCUGGAGGAGCUGUGGGGACCAGAUCAUCCAGAGCACCCUCCCCUGGCUUUCCAUUGCUGGGAAGGCCCUGUCCAAGCUUCUGCUCUCCUGCUGUCUGAGCUCAGUGGUGUUCUUUUGAAAAAUGUGUUGACUGCAUACUCAUUUACAUUUAGUUUUUGGCUGCCUAAUUAUGUCCAUAGGGAAUAUCCAACUGGUUUUAGUGACAUGUACACUAAUUUACAUUCCUAUCAACUGUGGAUGAAACUUCCCCACUCUGGAAAUCCUCACCAGUGUUUGUCUUUCAGGACGCUGCGUGGUGUGCGUGGCCUGGCGUCCAUAUUGAGUAGAAGGGGAGAGCGUCUCUGGCUCCUUCAGGUCCCCCUUGAGAAGGCACCGCUGCGAUUUGGGAACGACUUGGAGACUCGUCCUGGGGAGCAAGCAGCUCCUGUCUAUGGCCCUGACUGCCUAGGUGGGGGCUACGUGCAAUUCAGCUUCUCCCGGGCAUUUUUUUCUACACGGUUUCUCCAAGUGGUUGCAGAUGACAUGAUUUCCUGAAGUGUUACAGCUGAUGUGUGUUUUCUUGUGUACAUGUACUGUGGUUCCUUUAUCCCUUCAUCUGUGGAUAGACAGGUGCAACCGUGUGGUUCCCCACGAUAUGAUUUCAUUGUGGUUUUCUGUCUGAAGAGUAUCCCGGUGUGAACAUGUGGAACAGUUUCUUUCUCCGUUCGUCUAUGGAUAAGCAGACCAAGAGCAGUGAUGACCUUUUAGCUGGAAUGGCCGGAGGGGUAACGGUGACUAAUGGUGUUAAA